ACAACACGUUUGUACCAGACGUUAAAAUUUUUCGUUAAAUUUAAAAUUUGAAUUUUUUUAGUUUUAAAAAUAAAACUGAAUUUUUUGGACUAAAAAAAGUUAAAAAUGUUUGAAAAAUUAAUAUCGUUUUUCAAAAAGUCGGAGUUAAAAAAAAAUAAUUCACUCACGCAAUUGACGCAGGACGAAAAAUUUAAAUUGAGAAAAUUGAAAUCAGAACCGAAUUUAAAAAAUUAUGGGGAAAAUAAUAAUUCCAAUGAGGGUAAUUGUAAUUUUUAUACUUUUGUGCCCUUAAGUUGUCUGAGUACGAAUGAUGGGUAUGGAGAAGUAACAGAAGAAAAUUAUGUGAUGGAAAAAAGUUUUCGCGAUAAAAUAAUAACCGAUGGGUUGUGUAAAAUAUGCUUGGAAUCAUUGCAAUUACGUCGGAUUUACUCGUGUGUUACUUGCGAUAAAAUAGUUUGUGUGGAUUGUUUUUCAAAAUUACGGUACUGUCCGUACUGCCGGAAUCCGACGAUUUCUAAACGUGAGAAAAAUCUUGAGGAGUUUAUUAAUUCGCUGGCGUUGCCGUGCAAAAAUUUGAGCAACGGAUGCGACAAACUCAUAAAAAGUAACAAACGCAAAAGUCACGAGUUAACUUGCGAUUACAAUCAAAAUUUUUGUCCAAUAAAAACAAAGCCCUGUAAAUGGAGCGGAUUAUCCCUGGAAUUAUUAAAUCACUUGAAAAAUCAGCAUGACAUCAAACCAACCAACGGCUACGGCCUAACGAUCGUGAUAUCCGACUUCUGGAAAAAAAUGUCAUUCAAAUCGAGCACUGAGCACAUAUUUUUAGAAUGCUAUCACCAAUUAUUCUACUCCAAGAUAAUAUACGACCAAGGUCUUCUAAGUAUAUCUCUAAAAAAACUUAUUUACUUAACCGACGUACCAGACUCCAUUAAGGAAACCCUAAAAUUAUUUAACGUACACGUCACCAUAAAAACUGAUACCAAAAAUAAAUAUUCCGAAGUUUUUCUGCUCAGCGAUCAAAGGAGUCCGAAGUUUUUCAUUGACUGCGGGCGUUUAUUAGCCGAUGACAUUUACGAUUACAUUAAAAUAGAGUUCAAAAUUUUGUUGACCGACGAAGAUUGAUUUGUUUCAUUGAUUGUCUUUAUUCAAAAGUCAUACACAUAUUUAGUAUUUUAUUAUUUUAUUGAUAUCUUUAAUCACAUUUAAUGUGAACAUCCUAAUUAUUAUUAUAAUUAUCAUUAGCUAUGUAUUAAAUAGAUUAAAAAAAUAAAAAAACUUUUUAAA